UUUACUUCAUUUACUUUUUUUUUUGAUUUUAGGACCUAAUCCUGAAAACCCAAUAGGUCCCAUAACGCUUUAGUAACUGCAAAUUUAGCAUCCUUGCCUCAUACUGUUAUUGAUCGAUAUAGGACUUUUCAACUCGUCUCAUUUAUUUCUGGCAUAUGUCAUAUAUUAAUAUUAUACACGUAUUAUGCAACAUAUGACAGAAGACCGAAACAAAUGAGAACCGUUGAAAAGUCCUAUUUACCUAUGGAUAAUUUAUUAUCCUAUUGUCUGAGCUAGAACCCAUUUCUUAGAAAUUUGUGUUUCUAUGUGCAUUUCACUACAAAACUUUUAUAUUUGCUCCUGAAUCACACAACUAUUUGGUUUUGUUUUUUUUUAUUUUACUCAUUUUGCUGUCACUUAAUGCAUCUUAAAUUGUUGUGGAAAUUACAUUUUUCAUCAGUUAAUCUUAGCAACUAAUGUAUUCCAAUAUUUUUUCCAAAACUGUUUUAUUAUAACAUAAAUAUACAUUUUAAUCAACAUAAUAUAAGUAACAGGUUUUUCCUAUUUAUAACUGACGAUGAUAUAAAAGGUAAAACAUAUUGUUUAUUAACAAAAUUAAUCGACAAACAUAACAGAAUUAUCACAAAGAGUCGAAAUGACUAAAUUGGCCAUAACUUGUUUAUUUUUGAGCGUAUUCGCAGUUGUUGUGCUACCAAGUUUAGGAGCGUCUCCAUUUUCAUAUGAACAUUGCCAGUCCUGUUGCCAAGGUCCCACUUGUCAAUUGAGACGUCCUUCGCCAUGUAAUAUAUACUGUGCUGCCGUAUGCAUUCCAGAAUUUGUAUGUGAUACUGGAUAUAUAAGGGAUACAAAGAAUGGAAGGUGCGUACGUCCUGAAGAUUGCCCUUAAAAAUGGUUGGAAAUAUGACCUGAUUUAUUUUAAUAAAAUAUUAAAAUGUGUAAAUAUUUCAAAAAAUUUAUAUUAAUAAACUAUUAAACUAC